UUUUUCUAUCUAAUCUUGUUUUUUUUAGGAAUUAUAGCGAAAAAAUUUCUUAAAUAUACUUCAGACAAAAGAAGAAAUUUAAAAAUGCGAAGAGCACUUUUUAAAUCAUCAGGAAAAUAUUAAAAAAAAAAAAUUUCUCAAGGACCUGACGAAUUUUAUGGUUUGGCUGAACCCUUAUUAGACAUAUUGCCAGAUGCUGUUAUAAAAAAAAAGAAGGACGAAUUUAUUUUAUCAUUGACUAUGACAGAGGCGGAUAGACACACAUUGGAACGUGAGACAAUGCAGCAAGCGAAUAGUCAAAGGUGGUUUAUUGAGAGGAGAAAUAGAUUAACCGCAUCAAAUUUUGGUCGAAUUUGCAAACUGCGGCCUCAGACAUCAUGCAAAUCCACGGUUUAUGAUAUUUUAUACAAUAAUCCUACUUCAAAAUCACUUAUUUAUGGUAAACAGACUGAAGAAACUGCACUAAAAUGUCUAGAAUUUAAAAUAAACUGUACAAUUCAGAAAUGUGGCCUAUUUAUUGACAAGUUCAUACCAUAUUUGGCAGCAACACCAGAUGGUUUAAUUGGAAGCAACUCAAUCGCCGAAAUAAAAUGCCCUUAUUCGGUAAAAGACAGUGACACUUUGGAGCAAGCUUUACAAGAAAAAAAGGUUAAGUACUUCAAAAAAAAAUGUUGUUGGUAAAAUAUGUUAACAAAUUAACAGUGUAUGAGCGUUGAUCUUGGAAAAUGUGUGAAUAUUAAAUACGGAAUAAUAUUAAAACUAAUUAAUUUUUUUUUGUAGCUUCCUUACAUAUAUGAAAUAAACGGUGUCUAUCAAUUAAAGAAAGACAAUCUUUAUUAUUUUCAAAUACAGGGCCAAAUGCACAUCACAGAACGUCACAAGUGUUAUUUUUUUAUUUAUACACCUGAAUGGACACAUUUAGAAAUUAUACACUAUGAUGACGUUUUUUGGAGUACAACAAUGGAAAA